GAAAAAUAAGGCUGGAAGUUCUAUUUUGAGGCUAUAUUCCGCCACUUGACACUGUUAUCACUCUUAGCUCCUCCCCCCCAGCCUCCUCGUGAGACACCGGACGUCACCAGCGCACCUAUCUCACCUGUGCGCAGGUAAAGGUGUGUUAGAGCGGCAGCGCAGUGGUACAGCCAGCACUUUGUCGGAGGUCACCAAGCUGCUAUGGCCGAGUCUCAGCUCCGGUGCAUGGACGAUGAGCACGUCAACGAGAAGAUCCCGGAGUCCAGGCCGGAGUUUUACUACAGCGAGGAGCAGCGGGCGGCUCUGGAGCAGCUGCUCAGGAACGGAGACGGCGCUUUCAAGAUGCGCCUCAAGGAGGACAACAUUAAGGACUUUCUAUCCGCCCGGGAAAUUAAAAAGAUACGACAGAGUUUUCGGGAAUACGAUACGGACAGCGACUCUGAGUCCGGGGAGCAUGAGAAGUCCAAAGAGUCCAGUGCGGACUCCGGGGUCCACUCCACAUACUGGCCGCAGAUGUCCGACACGGAGGUCCCGUCUCUGGACAUCGGCUGGUCGGGCAGCAGCGGCUUCUACAAAGGGGUGACCCGGGUGUCGGUGUACACCCAUCCACCCAAAGAGUCCAGCCCGCACAUAAAGGAGGUGGUGAGGAGGCUCAUACAGGAAUCACACAAGGUGGUGGCCAUCGUCAUGGACCUCCUGACAGACCUGCAGAUCCUCCAGGACCUGCUGGAUGCUUCAGCACGGCGAGGGGUGGCUGUCUACGCUGUGCUGGAGGCCAGGGGUGUGCCCCACUUCCUGGAUAUGUGCACUCGGCUGCAAAUUAAUGCAAUGCAUCUAAGGAAUCUCCGUGUUCGAACGGUGAAAGGGGCAGGGCUGGCCUUGUCCUUUGGCAAGCUCCCAGGAUCCCUGUCGUCCAAAUACAUGCUGGUUGAUGGAGAGAAAGUCAUGUUUGGGUCUUACAGCUUCACCUGGAGCUCCUCUCGGAUGGACAGGAACACCAUCACCGUGAUGUCGGGACAGGUCGUGGACUUCUUCGACAACGACUUCAGGGAGAUGUACGCCGUGUCCGAGCAGGUGGACCUCUACAGGGAGUUCAACAUCACCAAGCCGCCUAUUCCCGCGCCGAUCAGGAAGCCGCCGGUGGAGCAAACCCAGCCCCUGCCGGUGUCUGCCUCCCGCUUCCAGGUGUCUCUCGGCGAGUCCAGACACAUCAACCUCAAGGUGCCUGCGCAUAAAUACCACAAUCCUAAGUAUUCCCUCGUCGUGGGCAACAGCCUGGUCCACACGGGGUCCCUACAAGACCUGUCCACCGCGAGAGACUCUCUGAUCGGCGGGCUGACCCAGAGGAACGGCUUGCAGAAAAACAUGUCCAACGCCAACGGGGGCAGCAGCGAGAAGCUGGACAGAGUCUGCCCACAGGCGCCCAGCUCCCCUGUGGACGAGGACGAGGAUGGGAAGGGAGGCCUGAGGAAGAUGCAGGGUCCCGCUGGGAGGAAACGCAGCUCGUUCAGGCUUUUCCUGAAAGGCAGAGGAGCCAACCAGAGCGCAGAGACGAUAGAGGAAGGCGUCGCCACCCCGCAGAGCCUCUCCCCGACCCGCAAAGCCGCAGACACCAACAGCGUCGCGUCCAAUGAGCCGGAGGACUCGUUUGAGAUCGUGGAGAAACCGACCCUGCCCAAACUCAAGCUCAAGAAGGCCCCCAAGCUCCCUCAGAGGAGUCUGUCUCUGCAGACCAUCAACACAGCAGACGAUGAUGGGUUCAAAAGCCGUAGGCGGCAUCAAAAGAAGAACUGUAUCCAGUCAUGAGUGACAAAGACUGAGCAGCUCAGAGCAACAAGAGGGCACCGGGGGUGACGGCCGGAGCGUCUGAUGGUUAACCACGCCGCCGCGGCUCAGUCACAGCGGCACAUUUCUGCAUUCAGGCGACAGUCCUCACAGGAAGAGAGUGCAGCGUCCUGCAGUGUCGGGCUGGUACACCGACAGCGUUUACAUGCACACAAGAAAUCAAAUUAUUAUUGUGAUUGCUCAAAACCCCCAGUUUACGUGUGAUAGGUCAGUCAAAUUUCUCCCAAAACCCAGCGUGAGCAGCCUCAGUAGUUUUCUACCACACCGUACGAGGAGUGUAAAACCAAAUUGUGAAAAAAAAAAAAAAAAAGUUAAUGAAAAGUUAAUGAAAACACUGACAGUAAUAGACUGUGUGUGAAAGAAUAUGAGAAUAUUAGUUGAUUUCAUGUUGUUACACUAAAUCUGUGAAUAAAAAUAAGUUAUUUUUGCCAAUAAGACAAAAUACAGAGAAUGCAGUUUUUUUUUUGUCUCCCUGAUGAAUUAAACAAACCAAAAUCGUGACUCAAAAACUGCAAUACAGACUGAACCGUGGGUUUAUUGAACCAAAGAAGAAGAAGUCUGCAGCACUUUUUUUCAUUUAAAAAUUAUUAAGCAUUCUUCAGCAUCUGUGUAGAACAGAUACUGAAGUUCUUAUUCUCCUCAGUGUUGUAAAGU